UAGCAGCGCUUACGACAGUCAGGUGGGGUCAAAGGGAGAUAAAUCGGGUGGCUGCCGUGCCAUCAGGGAACGCCUGCAGUCGUUAACGAUCACCCAACCUCUUCACACGUUCUUCAAUCCCGAUUAGAGUAUCCUUGGCAAGAUGUGGGAUGAUGUAGUAGAAGAAGACGCAGCGGCGAAGCCAGCAGAUGCAGCUGCAGCUACUGCUGCACCAGCAGCUGAAGGAGCUGAAGGAGCUGCACCAGAUCAGCCCAAAGCUGAGGAGGCUGAACCUCCACCACCAGAAAAUGUUACUCAAGGCACUGAUCCCAAGCGACUUGUUUGCAAACAUUGGGUUAGACCAAAAUUCUUCCAGUACAACUACCUUUACGAUUAUCAAAGGAAUUACUAUGACGAUAUAAUCAACUACAUGGACAAACGUAAUCACGGAAUACCAGUCGAGAAACCGACCCCGCAGACAUGGGGCGAACGUGCUCUCAGAACUUACCUCUCAAAAGGCUACAGCUAUAGCACCAAGAAGUAUAGCAAGGAUACGACUCUCCUUCGUCACAUCUCAGUGGGUGCCAAGUUCCAACGUGCCCAUACAAAGUCCCUUAUCUCGAGGAAGUAUUCCAAACUAGGAUUUAAUACCGUGUACCUAUAGCUUCGCUCUAACACUCGCUUGACGUUGCUGUGCGGACCUAGCUCCGAUCUCCGAUCGUGAACUUUAUAUCAAUGUUACAGGAUUUCGUUGUCAUGAUUCAACCCACGCUACUCACUUUAGCAGCACAACGGACACGAUAAUGUGAUUCAGAGCGUCCGCAUUCCUUUGUCGAUGUCAACUUUUCUUGAGCUACGAAUAAAUUUUAAGUUUAAA